AUGUCUUCUUCACAAGUUAAAUGGGAUUGUUCUCAAUGCGGAUAUGCUCCAAGUGAUCGUCGUAAAUAUUGUAGUGAAUGUCACUCAAUGUUAACGUGGACAUGUACUGCCUCAGGAAGGUCCGGCCGGUAUACGCAUUAUUAUCGUCAUCGUGACAAUUGUAGUUAUUGUACACCAGAACUUGAAGAAGAAAAACAACACGAAAUGGAAGAGAAACAGCAACAACUUCAGGCUUUAGAUAAUAAACAACGUCCUUGGUCCGAAUGGAGACGUACCAAUGCAUCUUGCAUUCAACAUACUGGCUAUGACGUCGAACAAGUACAAGAAUUGUAUUCUAUGUGUGAAGAGCCACUUGUAAAUUAUUGUUCCCAUAAGGACUGCCGGCUUACAAAUAGUGCUGCUACCUCUUAUUUAUCUCCUAUGAAUAUGCUUGUCGUUACACUAUGGUACUUGAAACAUUAUCAUUCUGAACGAUAUAUUUCUUCGGAAUUGAAUUUAAGUCAAGCAGCAGUGAAUUAUUUAUUGUCAACAGUUGUGGAUAUUUUACACUCGUGUGUAUAUCCUGAAUUAAUUUCAAUACCUACUAAUCUAUCUAGUAGUAAAACACCACACGGACCUCAACAACACCAUAAACUAAUAGUCGAUUCGACUUUUAUUGCAAUUCCUGAACCUUAUGAUUCAGAGAAACGUAAGGCAUAUUAUCAUGCGAAAAUUUCAACAAAUUAUGCAUUGAAAGUUCAAAUCGCUUGCGAUUUUAAUCAUCGAAUCGUACACGUAUCCGAAUGUUAUCGUGGGAGUGUACAUGAUAUUACAAUUCUAAGAGAAUCGGGACUAUUAGAACAUGUAAACGACGCCGUACAAAUUAUUGGUGACAAAGGAUACAUUGGUGAAGAAUAUGUGGUGACUCCUAAAAAGAAAUCUCGUGGACACGAACUAACAGAUGAAGAUAAGGAUUUCAAUUAUGACAUUAACAGCGCAAGAGCAGCUAUUGAAAAUAUUAAUCAACGUUUGAAAACGUAUGCAAUCCUUAGUACUGUCUACCGAGGAGCUAUUGAUAAUUUUGAUAAGGCAACGAAAAUCGUACAAGUUGUUUGUGCUCUAUCUUUUCCACCAGAUGAUUGUAGUGCAGAAGGUCAAAACUGGAAUAUGCCUAUUUAUGAUUGGAACAAUCAAUCGAAAAAACCUCAAGUAUUUAAUUGGUGGAUAAAACGUUUAAAAAAAGCAUUGCAUAUUCUUGAUAUUGUACGAAUUGAUCAUUUUCGUGGUUUAGAAUUAUAUUGGUCAAUACCUGUAGAUGAAAAUUUUCUUCCUAUGAAACCAAUAGAUGGUGAAUGA